AUGUUACAGAUCAAGGUUCCAAAACACGGAAGUCACACAGUUGUUACAGGAAGGAUGUUACCUGUGAUGAUGAGAACGUUACUGCUGCUGCUGCUGCCCCUGAGUCAGGCCGCUCCCAAGGACGGCACCAUGAGGUUGGACCCUGAAGCACAGCAUCUGCCUCUGCCCAACCCCUUUGAGCCAGGCCAGGAGCAACUUCGACUUCUACAGAGCUACCUAAAGGGACUAGAGAGGAUGGAAGAGGAGCCAGAGCACAUGAGCCGGGAGCAGGUUCUCCUCUACCUCUUUGCACUCCAUGACUAUGACCAGAGUGGACAGCUGGAUGGCCUGGAGCUGCUGUCCAUGUUGACAGCUGCUCUGGCCCCUGGAGCUUCUGACUCUCCCACCACCAACCCGGUGAUCCUGGUAGUGGACAAGGUGCUGGAGACUCAGGACCUGAAUGGGGAUGGGCUUAUGACCCCUGCAGAGCUUGUCAACUUCCCUGGAGAGGCUCCGAGGCACACAGAGCCCAAAGAGCCUUCAGAGCCACAAGAUGUUGGGAUGCAGCCUCUGUUGGCUAAAAGCCCAUCGAGACAAGAAGCACAUGAAGCCCUGAGUCCUGGAGAAGCAGCUGGAGGACAGGCAGAGGCCAGAAGGGAGUUCUUGGAGCCUGUACAGGAGGCUGGGGGACAGGCUGAUGCUUUAAGAGAAGCCCCAGGCCCUGGAGGGGAGGUUGGGGGACAGGUAGAGACUGGGGAUGCUGGAGGGAGAGCAGAAGAACUUCUAGGAGAAACACUGGGGUCUAAGAACACCCCAAAUGAGCUUGAGGUUCAUGCUAUUCAGCUGGAGAAUAGUGAGAUGUAA